GUGCGUCUGGGGCGGAUCCGAGUUGUGUCUUCCGGGAUUAUUGUAAACUGAAAGUUGCAUCGAUCGACCUUCCUGCUCAUCCUCCUGCAGAAAUGGAUCUUUUAGCUACGAAAUCAUUGGCGUUAACUAUUAUGUUUUUCAUCACCAUCGUUGUGGGGCUGCUUCCCAUAAAGGUACGGAAACUCCUAUUGACAGUCCCAGGAUCUAUCGAAAGAUCGCGCACCAUAUUAAGUGCGUUCCUCUGCUUCGGCGCCGGCGUUUUGUUUGGUACUACCUUCCUCCAUAUCCUGCCUGAAGCUCUAGAAAACGUCGAAACGGCGCAGUCAAAUGAUUACGUGCCAACUACCAGUUUCGGCCUGGGCGAGUUUAUAUUUUGCUGUGGUUUCUUCUUCAUGUACAUCGUUGAAGAGAUCGUUCACGCGUAUGUUCACAAGCAUUCGACAGGACAUUCUGGCCACAGCCAUGAACAUCAUCUCAGAGUCUACGACAACCAAAGCACCUGUGCAUCUUCUGGUGACGCCCGGGGCAGCGGUGCCGUUCAAGCCGAGUCUACCUCGCAUUCCGACCGCCAUGAACUGCAGCAACCCAGCCCCUGUAGUGGCAGACGCCAUACGUACUCUAUGUCACAGAGCGUGGACGGAGAGGACGCUGUUAUCGUCCCUGACCACGGGCACGUUUGUCCCGAUCCCUGCUCGAACCAAGGGCCCCGUCCGCGAACCAGUACGUGCGUGGUAGCAGCUGACUUCAUGGUAGAGGACACCGAAAACCGCAAGAAUUAUGCGCUCAACCUGAUGAGGUCAAUAUUUGUCAUCAUGGCGCUGUCUGUACACGGAUGCCUCGAAGGCUUCUCUCUGGGAGUGGAAGCGACUAACCAAGGAGUGUGGCUUAUGUUUGGCGCACUCAUGACUCACAAGAUUGCUAUUGCCUUCAGCAUUGGCAUGGAGUUGCUAGAAAAGGAGAUCAAAACCUUGCACUAUGUCAUAUACAUCGUCAUUUUUUCAGUGGCUUCACCUGUUGGUGGCAUGAUCGGAGCGAUCGUGUAUGCAUACUCGGCAUCAGAUUCAGCCGCUGGACAAAUCAGUAUCAUGGUACUGCAAGGCAUGUCUGGGGGUACCAUCAUGUACGUGAUAUUCUGUGAAAUCCUUGAGAGGGAGCGAUGCAAAAACGAAGGAAGAUUUAUUCGCAUGCUUACACUCAUUUUAGGCUUUUUACUGAUGGCCGUGUUAGAGUUGGUAGCAGGCGAGCCGGACGACGCGGCUAAUACGGACGAAGGCAGAAUAAAAGCACCAUCAAUUAUGUUCUCCAGGUUUGCACGGGAUGAACGUUAGCCAUUCAUGAAGCGUGUUUAUUUCAAUAAGCUGCUCACGCCAAGCAUGAAAAGUAGCACGGACAUGACAUACAAUUCAUAUAAUCAGGAUUUCAUACCGAAAUACAGAAAUCCUUGUUAGGUCCAAUAUGUUAAAAUUUUAUGAUGUUGAAAGGUUGGAAGUAUUAUGCAAAAUUUUAAAUGUGCGGUAGUUGAUCUUGUUCAAGUGUUCUCCCUUGAACAAUAAAUUUUCCCAAGAAUACGUACUUUGCUUGCAAAACUAGACUAAACUGAGCCUAAUCGGAAAAAUCGUUUUAUAAUAAACUUAUAAUUUGUACUUGAAAUAUGUACCAACCUAUAGUGCAAGUUCUGCCGGAUAAGAAGCAGUAUAGUGAGCAAAAAACAAUCAAAUUGUGAAUUUUAAUCAAUAUCAAAGUUUUCGAGCUUCAUUAAUUCGGUAAUUUAUUCAGAAAUUGUAACUAAAACUGUAGAAUGUAUUGACAUAACUGAGAAAAUGUGAGGAAUGUUAUGGUUUGUUCUUCCGAUCUGUUGAUUUUUGAAUAAUGAUACGAAUUAUACACUC